AGGGCCGGGUGGCGGGUGGCGGGCGGCGGGCGAGCUGUGGGGCGGCGUCAUGUCCUCCGAGGUGGCCGCGCGCCGCGAUGCCAAGAAGCUGGUGCGCUCCCCCAGCGGCCUGCGCAUGGUGCCGGAGCACCGCGCCUUCGGCAGCCCGUUCGGCCUGGAGGAGCCGCAGUGGGUCCCGGACAAGGAGUGCCCGAGGUGCAUGCAGUGUGGCGCCAAGUUUGAUUUCCUCACCAGGAAGCACCACUGCCGCCGGUGUGGGAAGUGCUUCUGCGACAAGUGCUGCAGCCAGAAGGUGGCGCUGCGGCGCAUGUGCUUCGUGGACCCGGUGCGGCAGUGCGCGGAGUGCGCCCUGGUGUCGCACCGGGAGGCCGAGUUCUUCGACAAGCAGCUCAAGGUGCUCCUGAGCGGAGCCACCUUCCUCGUCACUUUCGGCAACUCGGAGAAACCGGAAACGAUGGCGUGUCGCCUUUCCAACAACCAGAGAUUCUUGCUUCUGGACGGGAGCAGCCGCCACGAGGUGGAGAUCGCCCGCAUUUCCGCCGUGCAGAUGCUCAGCGAAGGCUUCCCUCCCGGAGGAGGCAACGCGCGGGCCACGGGCAUGUCCCUGCAGUACCCAGCACCGGGGGCAGAGGGCGUGAUGCAGCUGAAGCUGACGGCCGGGGAGGACGCAAAUGGCAGCAGGAGGCAGGCGACAGCGUGGCUGGCAGCCAUGCACAAGGCCGCCAAGCUCCUCUACGAGUCUCGGGACCAGUAGCUGCAGGCGGGCUGGACCCCGCGCCGGGCGGUGGCGCCUGCUCUCUGAGCGCGUGCGCGCGGGCGUGACUAACCCCACACGUGCUGGAAACGCAGCUCAAGUAUUCAUUCGGCGCUUACCUAGUGCAAUAUGGAGACGGCUGAUUAACGGAGCUCAUGCUUUAUUUAGAGUGGGUUAUCGUGAUACUUAAUCAGGGGGGGGGAGAGCCCGAGCUACACUACUGCUAAACUGUUUUUAGCAUAAUCUCUACCAUGUCUUUAUGAGUGCCCAAGUUUACUAGAAGCUUCUGGCCCCUUGAUGUUCAUGCUAUUAAUUCUUCCAUGGAAAUGAUCUGAGCAGUGACAGCUUGGCCUGAUUUCUAACGCACCAGUUUAGAGUCUGCCUGAGCCCAUUCUGGAGACCGUCUGUCUGCUGCGUCACUAAUUUGGGGCCCUGAACAAACCUUUGAUACUUCACAGAGGGAGGGAGGGAGCAAGCUGUGUGUUUUGUACUUUUCACUUACUAGUUCACUUUAUCAAAGUAACUGUACAACGAUUUGUAUAUACAGCCUGUGAUUAAAACCUAUUUUGAAACUA